AUGUCCCAGGAUAGUAGGAAGCCGAAACAAAAACAAUGUCGUAUAGACCCCUUAGAUGUUACGGAAAGUUUGGGGUACCAGACACAUAGACGAGGAGCUCGUAAGCCGUGGAGCAAAGAAGAAGAUGAACUGCUUCGUUCGUCCGUCAACUCUUCUCUGAUACAGAUGGGCUAUCCCGAGGGUAUCGAAUCGGUAAAGUCUAUCCAGGAGUCUAACUCUGCGUGCAAACGUAUUCAUUGGGAUGAAAUUGCAACGCGAUUCGAUCGUAACAUCCGGAAAACGAAGGACAUCAGAAAGCGGUGGACGAGCUCUCUGGACCCAAAUCUGAAAAAGGGGAAAUGGACUAUCGAGGAGGAUGAGCAGCUAAUGAAAUCUUAUGAGAAGUGGGGUGCGCAGUGGUUGAAAAUCUCGUCGGAGAUUCCUGGAAGAACUGAAGACCAGUGUGCUAAGCGGUACAUUGAGGUUCUUGAUCCCAGCACGAAAGACAGACUACGUUCUUGGAGCUUGGAAGAAGACCUCUCGCUAAUAAGUAAGGUGAAAAAGUAUGGGACGAGAUGGCGUAAAAUCUCUACCGAAAUGGAGUCCCGCCCUAGUUUGACUUGCCGAAAUCGAUGGAGGAAGAUUAUAACUAUGAUAAUGAGAGGGAAAGCCUCAGAUACAAUAGCCAAGGCUGUACAGGAAACCUCCCAGAAUAAAGAACUUCAGUCUUUGGAUGAGCUUCGAGAAACACUUCAAAUGAAAAUUGAAGGUUUGAAUGAAGAUGCCGCUUUUGAUGAAAACCAAGAUCAGCCGAUAUCUGAGAACCGUUCGACCAGCGAGGUCGUAAAGAGCGAAAAUACAAAUGGCGUGCCCAACAACAACGCGUUGUCCUCGGCAACUUCUCGGUCGCACUCAAGCUCUACAUCUCCAGCAGCUAUUCGUCCGCCGAGUAGGAACAAAACACAAUCACUACCACUAUUUAAGGAUUUGGCUCAACCAUCGAUCUCAACUGAUCAGAAUAAGCAUAAGAAAGUGGGAGAGUCAAAUUUAUCCAAGGUGGGGCAGGGUUCCAACUCUUCAAAGCAUGCAACUCCGACUUCUACACACAUGGAUUGGCGGUUUGCCCUGAAGGACAAUGCCGGGUUACAUAUUUCGGAAGGCACAAUAUCAAAUUCUGAUCUAGUAAAGGAAUUGAUCGAAAACGCUAGAAAGCGCUCAGUAAAAAUCUCCAUCCAUCAGCAUAUUCACAAUCACUAUGGGUUUGUUCCACAGAUAAAUAAUGCACAGACUCCAGGUUCUGGUGCUGACUAUUUAAACCAGUUCUCUCCAUUGCCAUUUUAUGGGGAAGCUAACAAUGGUGAUAAGCUUCCUAAUGAGCUUGAACUUGAAGCGGACUUCUUAUCUCGUACACCGAAUUAUGCCAGCCUAGCACUAGACUCUACGUUACAAGCCGAACAGCUGCUUCAGCCGAAAGGAAUAACUUUUCAACAACUUCAGCACCACCAUCAUCACUACUCUUCGCUACCCAUAAAUCCUCAAAAAGCACCUCCUCCAAGCUCAACUGGUUCGCAUUCCACGACGGGAGCGGAUCUUGAAGAAAUAGGUCCAGGUCGGAAAUUCCAUUUCAACUAUUUACCUCCUAGUGUAAAGCCCCAACUAAAUUCUUCAGAUCCCUCGCAUACCCCAGACUUAGGCUCAGUCUCAAAUCCUAGUCCCUCAGGUCAAAAUACCAGCAACAGAAGAAAGCGUAGAAAACGUACUAAGCAGAGUAGUUCAGAAGGGAACACGCCUUUGACGAACAAUAUCUGUGUAGAAGUGAGCCCGAAAGGUAUAAGUGAAUCUCGUGAUGAGGCCGACACCCAAAAGCAUAUUUCAGGAUUAACACCCGCUACAGUUUCUACUGUGGGAGAAGAGGAAGGGCUUGAUUUCUGGGAAAGUUUGAGAUCUCUGGCUGCAGUUCCCGAAAAUGACGUGCAAAAUGUGCCGAUAGAGGGUCAGUCUGAUGAAUAUGGUUUCUUCUACAAUAUAUAUGAUAGCAAACCUGAUCUAUUAGGAAUUGGACCCCAACAACGCACCAAUUCAGACAAAGGUCCAAAUAAUGGAGGAGAGCCCCUAGACACUACUUACAAAGGUCUACCAUUCAAUCCUAGUUAA